UAAAUACCAAACGCUCCCUUAAUCCUUCAACAAGCAGCUCAAUCAUUUGCUAGUGUUUUUAACAGAUCAUACACAAAAUGUAUCAAUUAUUCACCAUUUUUCUGUUUCUUUUUUUCUCUCCCCUGACAACUACCAGUGUUUCAGACAAUCAUCAAUUGGUCCUUGAUAUAGAUGGAAAGCCUGUACAAUCAAACACAAACUACUACAUCCUUCCUGUAAUGCGAGGCAAUGGUGGAGGCCUAACGUUGGAUUCAAGAAACACCACUCAAUUAUGCCCACUGUAUGUAUCCCAACAAAAUCAGGAAGUCUCAAAUGGGUUACCUCUAAAAUUCUUACCCGUCAACCCAAAACACAAAACAAUCUCUGUUUCUUCUGAUCUCAAUAUGGUAUUCGAUGCCGCCUCGAUCUGUGUCCAAUCAAAUGUAUGGAGUUUGAUCAAAGAUGAUCAGGGAAGUGAAAGGAGGUAUGUGGGAGCAGGAGGGCAAGUUGGGAAUCCUGGGAUAGGAACGCUAAGUAAUUGGUUUAGGAUAGAUAAGGCUGGGAGUGGAGAAUAUGAUUAUAAGAUUGUGUAUUGUCCUGGUGUUUGUGAUGUUUGUAGGGUGGCUUGUGGGGAUAUUGGUGUUUUUAUUGAGAAAGAUGGAAGAAGGUUGUUGGGUGUUAAUAGGGACAAACCUUUGUUGGUUAUGUUUAAGAAAGCUUAAAAUUAAUUAACACCUUAAUCAUGGAAUUAAGUGUAUUAGCUACUAUAUAUGUUAAAUAAGUAUUGUCUGUUUGUCUCUUUGAGAUUGUUAUUGAUAAUCACAUAUUGUAAAAGGAAACAUCACUUUGGUCACUAUUAAUGUUGUCAAAGAGACAUAAUAGUAUAAAUACAUUUGCAUAUAUAUUUUCUGGUGGAACCGCAGUAUAUA